AUGACAGGACCACUCUUUGCCCUCUCCCUCGGGCUCCUAUCCCUCUUCACAGCCCAAGCCGCAGCGCAGGACCAAGUCAGCACGAGCACAUUCACCCUCUCCAACACCGACGACGUGACUUUCCUCUCGGGAACCAAGACCGUCGCAGUCACCCAGCCCAGGACCCCAACGGGUCCCUACGCAACCUACACCUCGAGAAUCACCCUCACAAAUGGAGACCUGUCGACCAUGACCGGGACCAUGACGGUCACCGGCAACGUCACGCAAACCACCACAAAUUCCGUGGGCCAGUCCGUCGUCAUCAUCUCGGGCCAGACCUCCGUCGUCACCUCCACCAUCACCGGCACCGGCACCGAUGCCAAUGCCACCCAGACCGAGACCGCACCCGCCGGCCCGACAAACACACAGCCCUGCAACAACUACGUCGAGUUCUGCGACCGCAAGUACAGCAACGUCACCGAGGUCGGGUGUCACAACUCCCCCUUUGUGCGCCCCGGGAACUCGGCCUCCAACCAGGCUCUCGAUGUCACCACUCAGCUCAACGACGGCAUCCGCUUCCUCCAGGCUCAGAUCCAGUGGCCCACGAACGGCACGGUACCGCACUUUUGUCAUUCUUCCUGCGAUAUCCUCGAUGUCGGCCCCAUCACCGAAUGGCUCACCACCGUCCGCGAAUGGGUCGCCUCUCACCCGUACGACGUCGUCACCAUCCUCCUCGGCAACGGCAACUACUCCACCCCGGACCUGUACGCCCCCUUCAUCGAGUCAACCGGAAUCCUCCAAUACGCCUACCAGCCUCCCUACCUCCCCAUGAGACUCGAAGACUGGCCCACCCUCUCCCAGAUGAUCUUGGGGGGCAAGCGCGUCGUCAUGUUCAUGGACUACAUGGCCGACCAGCAGAAAUUCCCCUGGCUCCUCGACGAGUUCUCCCAAAUGUGGGAGAGCCCCUUUGACCCCAUGGACCGCACCUUCCCCUGCACCGUCCAGCGCCCGCCCGACCUCUCGCAGGAAGCCGCCCGCGACCGCCUCUACCUCAUGAACCACAACCUAAACGCAGAGUACAACAUCUUCGGCGCCUCCAUCCUCGUCCCCGCCGUGUCGUUGUUGAAUUCGACAAACAACGCCACCGGCAACGGGUCCCUCGGCGGCGCGGCCCAGAACUGCACCCGCGACUGGGGGUUCCCGCCAAAGGUGCUCAAUGUGGACUACUACAACUACGGCGACCCCGAGGGCUCCGUCUUCCAGGUCCAGGCUAAGAUGAACAAUGUCACGUACACGCGCGAGUGCUGCGGCAAGGUUACCGGCGCGUCGCCCGGCCGGCCGACUGCCUCGGCAUUGGUGCUGGGUUUGGCUUUCGCCUGCGCCCUGCUGCUGGUCUAA